CAGGGAUUUGAGAGAUUAUGGCAUCUGAAGCCCACAAUGUUAGAAAACAGAAAGUAUUGCAUAUCGAAGGUCAUCCCAUUGAUCUCCCCAGAAAAAGAAUCCCUUCUUCCACUAAAAAGAUCAUGAAGGAGGGUAAGAAAUCUCCAAAACAGCUGGCUUCAUACAGAAACAGAAUAACAGUUGGAAAAACGGUGACCAGUCCCCCCUCUCUUUUCAAAGUAGUAUAUUGUAAAAGAAAAGUUCAUUGUUAUACUCCAAAGCCUUGUUACAGAAAGAAACAGUUCCCUAGGUCUAGGGGCUGUGACAUGGCAAAUAAAGAGAAUGAACUGGCUUGUGCAGGGAAUCUGCCAGCAAAACUGCACGACAGUCGUACACACUUGCUGAAUUCUAGUGACUCUGGCUCAUCUCAAACAGAAGGCCCCUCAUCCAAAUAUAGUGGAUUUUUUUCAGAGGUUUCUCAGGACCAUGAAACUAUGGCUCAAGUUCUUUUCAGCCGGAAUCUGAGGCUGAAUGUAGCUUUAACCUUUUGGAGAAGGAGAAGUAUAAGUGAACUGGUAGCCUACUUAGUGAGGAUACAGGAUCUUGGAGUAGUAGUUGACUGCCUUCCUGUGCUUACAAAGAGUUUACAGGAAGAAAAACCAUAUAUUUCAGUUGGCUGCUGUGUAGAUCUUUUGCCUUUAGUGAAAUCGCUACUUAAAAGCAAAUAUGAAGAAUAUGUAAUAGUUGGUUUAAACUGGCUUCAGGCUGUCAUUAAAAGAUGGUGGUCAGAACUAUCUGCACAUACAGAAAAGGCAGAGGAUGGAAACAUUCGUAUUUUAAAACAACAAUUAAGUGGUUUAUGGGAACAGGAGAAUCAUCUUACUCUGGUUCCGGGAUAUACUGGUAAUAUAGCUAAGGAUGUAAAUGCUUAUUUAUUACAGCUACACUGACACGAUUGGGAAACUAUGUGUGCUUAUGUGGUGAAACAAUCCCCUAAAGUAUCCCUGAAAUAUGUACUAUUUCUGAAAGCCUUUUGAGAAAUACUGGCAGAAGAGAACUGAACUGUCAAGCUGUUUAUUGAAACCACUAACAAAAUCCUAACAAUCUACUUCACAUUGAAGUGGAAAAAUGUCUAGUAGGAGCAACUUUUACUUCAGUGAGGUGAAAGUGCACUAUGAAAACUGUAUGCCUUUGCUGCAUUUGGGAUUCACUCAGUAAAUAGGUAUUCAUUUAAAUGCUACUGUAUGUUACUACAACAUGGCAUAAAAGAAGAUGAAUUAUAUUGUCAUGAAGAUAAGACAGCAGAACCAGUUAUAAGGAACCAACAAAAGCAAUCAGCAUUAAGAGCUUUUAAAUGUUUCUUUCACAAGAGAACUCCAAAAUGCACAACUAUCUUCCAAUUACAUUUAAAAAACCUUCAGAAUAUUCAAUUAAUUCUGUUUUAA